CGCUUUUUAGUUCCUAAAUAUGAAAAGAUACAAAUUAAGAGAGGUGAAUUGAUUAUUUCUUGAUCAAGCUAAACAUAGCAAUUAAGUAAUUUGAUCAUAUGAAAAGUUACAAAUUCAGAGUGGUGAAUUGAUUAUUUCUUGAUCAAGCUAAAGAUAGCCAUUAAGUAAAAGUUAAACUGUUACUCCAAAAGCUCAAAGCUCAGCCAAACAAUGGCGAAUCGGCGAUGCGUUCAAACCCUAAGCCGUCAUUUAACAUAUCUUCUCUCUCCAAAUCCAUCAUCUCUCCAUUCCCUCACGUCCAUUUCGCCUCAAACCCUAACCCCACAAAUACUCAAAUCCAUCGACACACUCACUCCCUCUCCCAAAUGCCCUAACGUUACCACUAAAAUUUCAUCUUUCCACAGGCAUUUCUGUUCCAAUCGACCGAUCAAUAGCGAUGAUGACGAGGAGGGAAGUGAAGAAGAAACUGAUGAUGAUGAUCAUGACGUGGAGGGUUUGGAGUCGAAUAUUGAGCCCAGCAGAGAGUACACUCCAGAGGAGAAAGAACACGAGGCAGCUGAAAUAGGGUAUAAGGUCAUCGGCCCACUUCAGAAAUCGGACCGGGUCUUCAAACCAUAUGAACCCGUUUUCGCCGUUGUUCAGAUUGGUUUUCACCAGUUUAAAGUGAGCAAUGGUGAAUCCAUUUUUACUGAGAAACUGAAGUUCUGCGAAGUUAAUGACAAGUUAAUACUAAAUAAGGUUUUGCUGCUGGGCUCAACGACUCAGACAAUCAUUGGCAGGCCUAUAUUGCCGGAUGCAGCUGUUCAUGCUUUCGUUGAGGAGCAUGCAUUAGAUGCUAAAGUACUUAUAUUCAAGAAGAAGAGACGGAAGAAUUAUCGACGAACACGAGGACAUCGACAGGAAUUAACAAAAUUGAGGAUUACGGAUAUACAAGGAAUUGAGAAACCUGAAGUGGCACCCCCUCUUAAAACAGAGAAGAAAGGUGUUAAGAAGGUAGCAGUAGCAGCUUAAAGAUGCUAAAAAGUUUUAGUAACAGUUGAGCAAGGGAUUUUUGGCAUAUACAGCUGACAUGGCUCAGCUUUUUCCAUUCGUCCUGUCUUACGAGAUUUAUGUGAAAACGCAGAUGCCACAUGCGGUCAGGUGUUAAACUGGCAUGAGAUGGAGGGCAAUGAUUCUGUUGUAAGCUUACCAUAGUUGAAUCUUGAGGCUAUAUUCGGUUACAAGUACCAGUCCCACUUAAAUUGAAAAUAUUCACAGUGAUUGAUAAGCAAAGCUUUGCAUGCUAGCCAGUUCAAUAACAAUAGUGUCUGAAAGAA